AUGAGUAAAUUACGCAUUGCAAUUAUUGGUGCUGGUCCAUGUGGUCUUUCACAAUUGUUAGCAUUUAAACAAGCUGAACAAGAACAACGAGUUGAACUUGUUUGUUUCGAAAGACAAUCAGAUUGGGGUGGGUUAUGGCUUUAUUCAUCUCAAAUUGGCAUAGAUGCUUAUGGUGAACCAAUUCAUUCAAGCAUGUAUCGACAUCUUUGGGCAAACACUCCGAAAGAAGUCAUUGAAUAUCCUGAUUAUACAUUUUAUGAUCAUUUUGGUUGCCAUCUUCCAUCAUUCUUACCACGUGCUGUUAUCUAUGAUUAUUUUACUGGUAGAGCUAAGGUUAACAAUCUUCAACGAUUCAUUCGUUUUAAUACUGCUGUUCGUUAUGUUGAUUUCGAUGAUAAAAAUAACGAAUUUUCUGUUGAUGUUGAAGAUCUCAAUACUUGUUCAAUGGAAUGUAUAAAGUUUGAUCGUGUUAUUGUUGCGAUUGGACAUUAUCAUAUGCCAAACAUGACCAAUAUUGAUGGAGUAAAUCAAUUUCCGGGUCGAGUUCUUCAUUCACAUGACUUUCGUGGUGCGGACGAAUUUACGGGUCUUAAUUUGUUAAUUAUUGGCGGUAGUGAGUCUGCAGAAGAUAUCGCUUUACAGUGUUACAAAUUUGGUGCUCGAUCAGUGACAAUCAGUUCUCGUCAUGAACCUGUUGGUUUGAAAUGGCCAGAUGAAAUUAAAGAUGUACCAAUGCUUGUUCGUAUGAAAGAACGAACAGCUCAUUUCAACAAUGGUUCAAAUGUUGACAACAUCGAUGCUAUUAUCUUUUGUACUGGCUAUCGACAUUAUUAUCCAUUCAUGGCUAAGCGAUUUCGAUUACACUGUGGUGUAACUGAAUUUGUUCCACCAAAUCUUUAUAGAAGUAUUUUUUGGAUUGAUCAACCAUAUCUUGCCUAUUUAGGUGCUACAAGAUACAUAUAUUCAUUUCCUAUGUUCGAUAUGCAAACAUCGCUUGUACGCGAUGUUUUUCUUGAUCAUGUUAAGCUACCCAACAAAGAUCAAAUGCACACUGAUGUGAAUGAGUGGAAAGCACGAGAAAAAUCAAUGUUAUCUACCGAUAUCCUUGGUUUGAUCGAUUGUGAAACUGAUUAUAUGCGUGGUCUACUUGCUUUAUUAUGCAUACAUGAUAAUAAUCAAUCUUUAUGGAAGUUCGAUUUCGAAAAAGCUAAAAAUUUGGCAAAGAAAUACUUGAAAAAUAAAUUAGAUGAUGUUCUUAAAUUUCGUGAUGUAUCCUAUGAAUCUAUCAAUGGUACGGAAAACACGAAACUUAUAGAAGUCUGCAAGCCAUGGAUGAAAAAUAUGGAUGAUUCAAUGGAAAAUUUUUUACGCAAUUAUCAAAAUUAA